AUGUUUCCUCUCCCACGCCCUAUUACAUUUCAAAUCGACACAGAAUCUACUAGAUAUUCACUUUCAAAUGCUAGACUUUAUUCUUCUCAACGUCAUUAUUCUCUUGCUAUUCUUAAUUACAUUGCAGUUCUUAAAUCUCUCCCAACAGAAAAUCGUUUAAAAUAUUUGGAAGAAUUUUUAGUUACACUUCAAGCAUUUCUUCAUCGUGAAGCGAAUGAGACUAAUACAAAUGAUGUUUUACGUGUGGCAACAAUAAUUUAUGGAACAGAAUUUCGAUUUUGGCGUACAAUUGCAGAAUAUUAUUAUGUUAAAAGCAAAUUGUCUCGAUCUUUGGCUAAUUUUCAAAGGGCUCUUUUAUUUGCUAAGGGGGAUAUUGAAUGGCUCCAAGCCACAACAAGUAUUGAAAAUUUAAAGACGAAUUUAUUUGAUGCCUGGCAUUGGCGAAUGAUAAAUGAUGGGAAAAGAAAUGCAAAAUUUGUUGAAGCGAUUAAUGGAGCACUUAAUGCAAAACAAGAUGCGAGAGUAAUUGACAUUGGAUGUGGCUCUGGAAUUUUUAGUAUUGCUGCGGCUAGGAAUGAUAAUUCUGUACAUGCUUGUGAUCUUGAUGAAACAAUGUGCAAAAUUGCUCGUAAUUGUUUUAUACAAAAUGAUGUCCGAGUCAAGCUUUUUGAAAUGCAUUCGAAUAAAUUAGCCGUCAAAAAACGUUAUAAUUUACUUGUUAGCGAAACUGUUGAUUGUGCAAUUUUUGGAGAAAGAAUUGUAGAAACGAUUCUUGACGCAAAAGAACGCCUUUUAGAAGAAGAUGCAAUUUUAAUCCCAAAUAAGGCAUUUUCUUAA